AUGGGUUAUACAUUAGCUGUCUUAGGAUGCGGUACCAUGGGAGUAGCCAUUCUCUCCGGGGUCCUCUCCUCACUCGAAGCUAGACUAUCAGCUCCACUGACCCAGAAACACCAUUCGGGAGAGACUGAACCUCCUUCAGGAAUAUCUACUCCUACUGCCAGUCAGUUCCUCGAUGCUCCGGAGGAAUCACUGCCUUCUAGAUUUAUCGCGACUGUAGGUAGAGAAGAGACAGGCAGGAAGUUGAAAAAGACUUUUGAAGGGCUGGGUAGAUUCGGGAGUGAUGUGGAAGUAAGAGCUGGACAGGGUAAUGUGCAGGCUGUGAAGGAAGCGGACGUGAUACUUGUAUGUUCUAAACCUAACAUUGCCAAAUCAAUCCUCUUAGAAGAAGGUAUGGCCGAAGCCGUCAAGGGCAAACUCGUCAUAUCUAUUUGUGCAGGUGUGACUAUCUCUCAGUUGGUCUCUUGGGUUCCGGAAUCUACCAAAGUAGUCAGAGCAAUGCCUAACACCCCUUGUAAGAUAAGAGAAGGUAUGACAGUAGUCACCCCUGUAUCGGACGCCUUGUCACGCACGUUGAUCCUCAACAUCUUCACCUCCUGUGGACGAUGCAGAUUCUUAGAAGAGAAAUACUUUGAUGCUUGUACUGCGCUAGCUGGAUCAGGACCUGCAUUUGUAGCGCUCGUGCUGGAAGCUAUGACGGAUGGAGGGGUGAUGAUGGGUUUACCAAGAGUUGAAGCGUUGGAAUUGGCUGCUCAGACCCUACAAGGUACGGGUAGGAUGGCACUUUACGCUGGAUUACAUCCUGCUCAGUUGAAGGAUAGUGUGACUACUCCCGGAGGUUGUACCAUCGCAGGUCUCUUAACUCUCGAAGACGGUAGAGUCAGAUCAACAAUGGCAAGAGCCAUUCAAGUUGCUACCAACCACGCUUCUGGUUUAGGUCAAGAUUCCAAGAAGUAA